AUGUCUCAACAACAUCUGUUCUUAAUGUUUAUGGUUGGUACAUCACUUUUUAUCAUCGUUCAAAUGUGUAGUAUCAAUAAUAAUCCUGACGAACUUCGACGUUAUCAGCGUGGUUUUGGUAAUCGACGUGCUUUAGUUACUGCUCUAAAGCAUCAUUAUCCAAAACAAAUUCUUGUUGGAUUGGAUAAUCAAGAUCAUUUUCGAGCUGAUAAAUAUUUAUUCUCAAAUCCUUAUGACACAAUAGAACAAAACGAUUUAACUCAACAACAACAACAACAACAAAUACCUUUUACUGAUCGUUAA